UCCGUCAAUGGCUUGCAAUCCGGAUCAUCAGCCGGCGCCUCUGCCCGCACAACCGCGAGUCAACGCCCUGCGAGUGGCUGUCCUUCUGGUUUCUGGAUGCGCAUCAGCCCGAAAAAGAAAAACAGUCCGCUAAACGCUUGCUUCUCGGCCUGUUUAGCGUCUGCGCCGGUCAUCUCGGUUGUUUCUCUUUCGCGCGGACGCUCGAUUGAUGAGGGAGCAAGACGGACCAUCUGCCACAGCCCACAACCCAAGAAACGCCAACCUGUGUUUGUCCGUCUCCGAUCGAUCCACCGAUGAUCCCACCAAACACAGGCUCGAAAUGCACAAGCAACCCCCAAACAAGCUUGUGCAAGCCGACUAUCCAAAUAAGAAUGCGGCCCAGGUGGUUGUGUUGGUUUGCACGCAAAAUUGCUGCAAUUACUCGUUGUGCAACCACCACUUUUUAGCUUGGCUGCUUCGUCACCCAGCGAACACCAGCUUCCACGACCAACGACCACAUUGGACGAGGCAACCGACUGAGACAUUGUUUAAGCUCCAGCCGAGCUCCCUUGUUCUACUAGCCGCAUCUCUAGGACGCCUCGGUAGAGAUAGCUUUUCUCCCCACCACCAGAAUUCACCACCACAUCUUGCCCUUCCUGUGUUCGUCCGCGGCUUGUCGCUGACCGGCGGCGAUAACAUCUCGCCGUCCCGCCACUCCAUCUGACCCAAAGCGGUAGGUAGCUAUGUAGCUACACCGUCAGCUAAACCGCCGGCUGAAACUGACCGUGGAUACCAUGUACCAUGCCACCGCUGCGCAGUGUAACAUCACGACCCCAGCGUAUCCAC